UCAUGUGUGCAUUAGAUGGAAAACAAAGCUUCAAGCUUUUGAAUAUUCAAUUCAAAACAAAUUCAAGUGCUCUGCAUUUCCCCAUUUUCAAUCUUCUUCACCAGAAGAUUAUUCGCACCUGAGCUUCAUCUCAUCUUCCGCUGCUAGCUAGUAUUUAAAGGCUACGCACAGAAAUGAAUCAAAAUCAAAUCGAAUUGAACAAUGGAAGACGUAGUGAUUGUUGGCGCUGGAAUUGCUGGUCUCGCGACAUCUCUGUCACUACACAGAUUGGGGAUCCGAAGCUUAGUUUUGGAAUCAGCUGAUAAUAUCAGAACCACAGGAUUUGCCCUCGGAAUCUGGCCUAAUGGUUGGAGGGCGCUAGACGCCAUUGGCGUAGGCGAAAUCCUUCGUGCCAAACACACAAGAAUUACAGGAGUAGUGACUACCUCUGUUGAUUCUGGAGUUAUAACAUCGGAGGGGACUUUGGCAACUUCGGAUUCGAAUGUUGAUCGAGAAGCUCGGUGUGUGAUUCGAAAAGAAAUGCUGGAAACACUGGAGAGUGAGCUGCCAAGGGGUGUGAUCAGAUACUCCUCCAAGGUGGUUCAUAUUGAGAGCCAAGAUGGCGUCAACUCCAUUCAUCUUGCUGAUGGAACUCUCCUAAAAGCUAAGGUUCUGAUUGGAUGUGAUGGAGUGAACUCUGUGGUUUCCAAGUUCCUAGGCUUCAGCAAGCCCUCGUUUACUGCGCGAUGCGGCAUCAGGGGCAUCGUGCAUUUCGAGGAGGGCCACGGUUUCAAGCCGCGCAUCAUGCAGUUCUUCGGAAAGGGUAUUAGGUUUGGUGUAGUCCCUUGUGAUGAUCAUAGAGUUUACUGGGGUUCAACCUUUACUCCUUCAUCCCAAGAGAAGGAGAUAUUGGAGGAUCCAGCGAGGUUGAAGCAAUUCAUGCUGAGCAAACUCGGCAAAGUCCCCGACGAGAUCAAGCAGGUUUUCGAGAAGAGUGAGUUGGAAAACAUGGUGUGUGCGCCGUUGAGAUUCCGGCGGCCGUGGGAGUUGCUGUGGGGGGAGAUAGCCAGAGACAACGUGUGCGUCAUUGGCGACGCGUUGCAUCCCAUGACGCCCGACUUGGGCCAAGGUGGCUGCUCUGCUCUGGAGGAGAGCGUCGUCUUGGCCAAGCUCCUGGCGGGGGCCUUCAAGGCGGGUGAAGGUGGAGAUCACGAGGAGGAGUGUCGGAGAAUCCGCGAGGCGCUCGGGGAGUUCGCGAGGGGGAGGAGAUGGAGGAGCUUUGAUCUCGUGGCGACGGCGUAUUUCGUGGGUGUGAUGCAGCAGAGCGACGGCGGCGUGAUGCGUUUUGUGAGGGAUAAGUUGAUGGCUAAGUUCUUGGCUGGGCUUCUCUUGGAGAAGGCUAAGUUUGAUUGUGGGAAGCUUCUUGUUUCUUGAAAAUGUGUAGGGAUGAAAUAUGAUGUGUGUGAGUUGCUUCAUAAAUAAAUGUGGGUGAUUGGUAUUUAUGUAGUGUUUGUUUUGGUCAAUAGGUGUAUUGUUUUUAGGAGUAAUCAUUAUUGAUUAAUGAGUUUUGUUGUUUGAAUAUUUGUAUGAUGAUAAAUCGUUCGAUCGAAUGAAUAUAGUUUGAUACUUAAUUUUCGAACAA